UAGCGGUCCGUCAAGCCAAGUCGUGGAGUAGCAGACAUUUCUACAAUUUAUUGUGUUUUGUCACAGUCGUGUUGUGAAUAGUUUGAAUGGACGACACAGAGCAGAGAGACCCAGAGGACAUUGCGCCUUCAGUUAUUGAGCGGUACUACACACGGUGGUAUAGAGCAGAUAUGAAGGGGAAACCGUGUGAGGACCAUUGCGUCCUGCAGCAUUCAAACAGAAUAUGUGUUGUCACAUUAGCAGAGACUCACCCGAUCCUCCAGGAAGGACGAACAAUCAAGAGCAUCAACUACCAGAUCAGCGAUGGCUGCAGUCGGCUGAAGAAUAAAGUGUCCGGGAAAUCCAAGCGGGGCGGGCAGUUCCUUACUGAUUUCGCACCUCUGUGUAGGAUCACAUGUUCAGAUGAGACUGAAUACACGAUCUACAGCUGCAUCAGGGGCCGUCUUCUUGAGGUCAAUGAGAGUAUCUUAAAAACACCUAAACUCCUGCUGGAAAAGCCGGCCACUGACGGAUACAUCGCCGUCAUCCUGCCAAAGUUUGAGGAGAGCAAGAGCAUAACGGAGAAUCUUCUGAGCCGAGAGGACUUUGAAAGAGUCGUCUCCAAACGGAUUGCUGGCGAAUCGCAGCCCUCCUGACGGCGCUAGGUGUUCCCGCCCUGUUCCAGGUCCCAGCUGUUGUGGAUGUGUUUAUUUUUCUUCAAUUCCCACCAGGCUGGAUAAAAAAAAAACUGUGGAUGCCAUCCUGGAAAAGUGACAUUUACUUGUGAUGACUCCUAAAAGACUUUCAUGUAUAAUGCAAGCAUUGUACUCCCCGACCUAAACAGUGCUUUUAUUUGUUUAUGAAAUUGAAAGUUUGAGGAGGCUCCCUUGGUUUGUUUUUUUGUAAUUUGAAGAACAAGGAGAAAGAGAUAAUAAUAAUUACGUUCUCUGAAUACUGUAAUUAAAUGCAACCCAACAAAU